AUGGGAGGGACGAAGAAGAAGGCCAGCGUCCCCAUUAAGAAGGAGAGCAAGUACAAAAUACCGGCGCGGUUUGAUUGCCCGCUCUGCGAUGCGAAGAACUCCAUUGCCGUGCGGCUCGUGCGGAGCACCGGGUCUGCCAGACUGCACUGCCGCUCCUGCCGCGCCGGGGCCGGAAAGGAGUUUCCGUUUCUCCCGCUUGAGAAACCUGUGGAUGUCUUCUUCCGCUUUCGCGAGGAGCUCCUGCAGCAGGACCGCGAGUUCCUGCGGGAGCACAACAUCGAGACCGACACGACGGCGGCGAAAACGGGCCUCGCGCAGCUCACGCGGCGGGAGGCAACAGGCACGACGGCCGUGACGGAGGCGGCGUCGGCGCCGCGCGGCGGGGGCGUGCCCGCCAUGCACCGCAUCGAGUUCGAGGACGAGGACGAGGACAACGGCUCGCACUUCUUCGCGCCGGCCGGGGCGUCGGCGGAGUACGGGGAGGAGGAAGACGGGGUUGCGUUGUAA